AUGUACACAUCCCUUCCUAUACAGUGUGUGGGUUUCUUUGAACAGGAUGUGAGCACCAAGAGCUGUCUGUGUUGGCCUGAGAUCUACUCAAUUGGACAGAAGGAGCAGCUUUUCAAUCCUUUUGUUCUGGCCAUCACGCUCCUCUACUCGUUCUACACCUCCAUCAUCCUGUUCUUCAUCCCUAUGGGAAUAUUGCAGUACUCUGCUUUUGAUUAUCAGACUUUAGCUGUAAUGGUUGAAACAUCUGUAGUGCUCACCAUCACUGUUGAGGUUAUUCUACAUACAAAAUUCUGGACCAAGUACAGUGUUGCAGCUGUUGUUUUUAGUUUGGUGGCCUUCUUUCUGUCCACACUGGCUCUCCAUAGCACUCGGCUCUUCACUGCCUCACCCAAAGACUACUUUUUUCUGGGAGCAUCACCAAAUGCUUACAGUACCCCUGAGGUUUGGCUGACCAUAUGUUUGACCACCUGUAUUGCUGUCCUUCCCUCAAUAACCAUACGGGCCUUAGGUGUUGUACUAACAAACCCCAACAAACAUAAGAUCCACAGCUCGAAUAAGCUUUUAGACGUGGAGUUGUUGUUUUUGAUUCUUUUGAUAGGAGGGUUACAGCAGACGGUCUGA